ACACAAGUUUAAGUUAUUAAUAGAAAUUAUAAGACCUAAGAAAUUAUGAAUUUGGAGUGUUGACUACAUACAUAGAUGUACAUUUAUUUAACAUUUGCUUAUACUUAGUGUAUACCGUUUUUCUCUUAGCCCUUAGGUGUGAACUCAGUCUUACUCAAGGGCGAUAGGUAUAAUUCUUUUACUUGAUUGAUGAUCAAGAAAAAUGCAGCCCUGUAUGUAAACGUCAAGCUUUUAUUUGUACGCCAUUUGUGAAAUUUUCUGCACCAGCGAAAAUAAAAUCUGAUGCAGUUUUAUAUAUUAUAUGAAAAUAAGAUCAAUUGAUAGUAGAAUUAUAAUAAAGUUGCCGCAAGAGGUUGCAACUGUGUUUUUAAUAUUGUUGAAUGGAAGUUUAAGGUUUGUAUUUGUGAACUCUUCGUUGGACUACGAAACAAGGUAAUAGACAAAAUGACACAGUAUCUGCCGCCGAAUCUUUUGGCACUAUUUGCCGCACGUGAUCCAAUACCAUAUAUGCCGCCAGUCGAUAAGUUACCACACGAAAAGAAGUCGCGUGGCUACCUUGGUAUUGGUGGUUUUCUUAGUGAGUUCGAAGAUCCAAAAGAUACCCCGCCUGCAAAGCGUGUCGAAACUCGUCAAGAGCGAUUGGAUCGUCGACGUAGAGAAAAAGCUGAACAAGUUGCAUAUAAAUUGGAACGAGAGAUCGCACUAUGGGAUCCUCAAGAGAUAAAAAACUCGACGGAGGAUCCCUUUCGUACGUUGUUCAUUGCACGUAUAAACUACGACACAUCUGAAUCGAAAUUGAGGCGUGAAUUUGAGAUAUAUGGACCUAUAAAAAAAAUAGUUAUGAUAUCAGAUCAGGAAUCGGGUAAGCCUAAAGGUUACGCAUUCAUCGAAUAUGAACAUGAAAGAGAUAUGCAUGCUGCUUAUAAACAUGCUGAUGGUAAGAAAAUCGAUGGUAAACGUGUAUUAGUUGAUGUUGAGCGUGCACGCACCGUAAAAGGAUGGCUACCACGGCGCUUAGGUGGUGGUUUGGGAGGAACACGACGAGGUGGUAAUGAUGUUAAUAUAAAGCACUCUGGUAGGGAGGACAAUGAAAGAGAACGAGAACGCUACCGUCUAGAACGGGAACGUGAGGAUCGCGAAAGUGCACGACUUGUCGAACGUAAUCGUUUCGCAGGAGGUGACGCAAUAAGACGACGCUCACGAUCUCGCGAACGAAUCCGAGAACGUGAAAGGGAGCGUUCCAGACGUUCGCGUAGUAAAUCACGUGAGCGUAGGAGACGACGUGCAGGUAGUCGUGAGCGUGAAUAUGACGAAUUCGAAAAACGUGAUAGACGUGAAAAAGAACGAGAACGCGAACGUGAGCGGGAGCGUGAUAGGGAUAAGAAGAAGAGACGAUCAAAGUCAAGGGAGCGAGAUUCAUCCAGGGAGAGACGUGAUAAGAAACGUGAACGUGAUCGUCGUGACAAGGAGCGUGAUCGUGGAGAUCGUGAUGUAAAAGAACGUAAACCUGAUUUCCGUGAUAUCGACAUCAAGAUCAAGGAAGAACCAAUAGACGACGGUUAUCCAACUUAUCCUAUGAAUUCCUAUCAAACAGCUGGUAUAAAACGAGAAAGCGAUGACGACGAGCAUGAAGAAAAAUUCCGGCCACCACAAGAUAUGUUUAACGUGCCACCUCCCCCUUUAACUGGACGCGGUGUAGGCGAGAAUGGACAGAAUCCCAAUGAUGGUCAACAAUCGUGGUGGCGUUGAGGUUAAACUGUAUAUUACAAACUGGAUAGUAUACUUUUUGUUCCACUUUCAAUAUUUGAACACAACUCUUUCGAUUUAGCGUUUGCAUUUUAUGUUUUUCGAAAUAAUUUUUUAAUAAUGACAUUAAUCAUGAAACAAUUUCUUUGCACUAACAAAACAAGAUAAACUCCUCAGUUUUAAAUUAUACAUAGUACAAACGCCUAAGUCGUAAUAGUUAAAAAAAUAACAGAGCAAACAAUAUUUGAAAUUCCAAUAUACACAGAAGCAAUUUGUUCUUCAUCGUAAUGUUGAGAUGAAAAUAUAAUUAACCAAUUAUGUAUAAACAUUUUUUUUAGUCAAAAACUUUUGAGAUUUUAAUUAGUUCAUGCGAUUAAUAUUUACUUUUUUAAUAGACUCCAAUUCCUAAUUUUCAUUAAGUGCUAUCUGUGAAUGUUAAAAUUUAAAUAAGAUAUAAAUAUCCUUGCAAUGUGUAAAAUGAAAGCACACUGAUAUAUAUUUGAAUUUAAAAUUUUGUUUGCUGCACUAAAUGUAAUUAUUUAUAUUAAUAUGUAAUUUAAACAUAUAAAACAAAAUAAUCGCAACCCUAAUGUAAGGAAGAACAACCAAAAUGCAAAGAGUAAGUAAAAAAAAUUGGAGACUGAGUUGUGUUUACUUGCGGUAACGCGUAUCCAAUUAUUUUGGAAUAUCACAUUUGGGAGAAACCAUACUGUACCUAGCAGACUGCAGAUCAAAACCAGUGCUGUGGUUGUGUGCAUGCAAUCAAAACUAUUCCGGCCGUCUUCGUGUACAUAGCGUUUGGAGUUAGUGAGUAAUUUGUUUAGAGAUAGUGUCAUUCCUAUGCUGGUACAUGGGACUAUUCAUUCAAACUAGUAAUGAUUAAUUUGAAUAAGUUACACGCAACUCUUUGAUUUAUACUGCCCACUUCCCACAUAUACUAUUUAUGUUCAUUCCGUAAUAGUACUGAAAGUAACUCGUCAUUUUUAAUUCUCUUUUCUCUUCUUCCAGUUUGAGUACAAUUUAUUCCAAACUAAGAAUUUUUAAGCUAAUGCUUUACGCAUUAGGGGAAAGUAUGCAAUUUAAAAAACGGGUAAAUUUUUAGAUUAAUUAAAUUCUCACAAGAACAAAAAAAAAACAACAAACAUAUUUCUAUGACUUGUUAAAAAAACACUAACGGCAAAGGUAAUGUUUGAGUAUGCAAGAAAUACUAAUGAUUUUCCCAUUCUAGGGGAUCGAACGUUCACCUUGCCCACUGACUCCCCAAGCUUGCGUAUCGGAAGCGGUUAGCACAAUUAGAGACCCCAUGUAUGUAGGUAUGAUACAAUGUAAGUUGAUCCAAUUCAAAUGGAAUGGUAUUAGUAAGUGAAGCUGCUGUUUUCUGUCACUUCAAGUGAUAUAAGUUGCUGCUGGUUAAGAGGGGAUUUUUAAAACACUACAUAGUGGCUAACAAAAUGUAUGUGCAAAAUAAUAUGUCGGUUACCUUCAAUAAUUUCAGUUUUUUUAUACAGAUCGCAUAAUCUUUUCCUUAAUGAGUUUUCUAAAUGAAAAUAUCUGUUUGUAAUAACUUCAAAUCUUAUCUAAAUAUCACUUAAGUUAUUAAGUGCUUAUAAUGAUGUUGCAGUUAUUUUGUUGGUCACUAUAUCCCAAGAAAUGUGUGAUAAAGCGAUAAGUCAUGCGAACAAUUUGUGCGUUGGUAAGCGCGCGAGCCGUUCAUUUCUUUACUCAGCUAAUGUUUUUCUGGUGUAUUAUUAAGAUCGCUAUGCCUUGGUAAUCAUAGCUGAUUGGUAAAUUACCGUUAAGAUUUCGCAAUCAAAUAUUUAUAUUUGGUUCUUGUAAGUAGCAUUGGGUCUUAUGGAAUUGUUUCCGAUAUUUAAAUUUUAAAGCAGUUGGCAUGUUCGUAGACAAGAGGUAGGAUUGAGGUAUUCAACUAUGCUUUUAUGAAGAAUAUGAAGAAAAAUUUAAACAUUUAUGAAGUAGAAAAUAUAUACCUAUGUAUAUAUAUAUUUUUUUUGCUAUUUAUUACUUUCAAUGAAAUAAGUGUGCCUUUAAAACUUGGUGUAUUAAGUGAAAAUAAGACUAGAACUUGACGCACUAGACUCGAAAAAGUAUUGGAUUUUUGUUUGUGUGAUUAAAAUUAUUUAAUUUAUAAAAUAUAAAUAUAAUAUAGUUGAAGUUGUCGGUAGCGCUCAUCCACGGUUAAUGCUAUUUACACGGCAUAGGUGAGCAAGACUGUUUUGCCAGUUCAUUUUGAAAGAAUCAAAUAUUUUCAAAGGACCACUUGUUUUUCGUAAGUUUUCACGCCUACUUAUUGUUUCAAUUAUUUUAAAGAUUCACAUUGUGCAUUAUUCAAAAGCAUAAAUUAAAAAAUAUAAUUUUCUCUUGUAUAAA